GCGAAGGGGGCGUGUGAGGGGGAGCGGCGGGUAACGGCCGCCAAACGGGCAACAGCCGCCGCCGGGCCAGCCUAACCCGCCACCGCGGGAGGCAGCCCGCCCGCCCGCCCUCCGCUUUGCGACAGCCGGCUCCCCCCCCCCCUACUCCCGCCAUCGCGGGGUCGCCGGUGACCGGCGCUUAGCGCCGCCGUCCCGCCCGCUGGAUGGAGCUGUCGGCCAUCGGGGAGCAGGUGUUCGCUGUGGAGAGCAUCCGCAAGAAGCGAGUGCGGAAGGAUUGCCUGUAAAUGUGGGGAUGGUUGCAGUCUUGCUCUCCGGUUGCCUUUUGGGGUUCUGCCUGCAAGGCUUCUGCAAAGGGUAAAGUAGAAUACCUGGUGAAGUGGAAAGGAUGGCCCCCAAAAUACAGCACAUGGGAGCCAGAGGAUCAUAUCUUGGACCCUCGCCUGGUAGUGGCUUAUGAAGAAAAGGAAGAGAGAGACCGUGCAUCGGGGUACAGGAAAAGAGGCCCCAAACCAAAGCGCCUCCUACUGCAGCGGCUGUAUGGCAUGGAUUUGAGGAGUGCCCACAAGGGAAAGGAGAAGCUCUGUUUCUCUCUCGCGCGGAGGUUUGGAGGAGGAGACAGUAGCCUGCCAGGGGCCAAGCCAGGGCAGGCAGAGUUCUCAGAGAAGACUGGGGGAACAGUCCUGCCAUUCUCUCUCCGGAAGCAACGCAAAAACCAGAAGUACCUGCGACUGUCAAGGAAGAAGUUCCCCCGCAUGGCGAGCCUGGAGAGCCGAAACUGCAGGCAUGAGUUCUUCCUGAAUGAUGCAGUGGACCUAGAGGGCAGGCAGGGCCCUGAGGACUGGGAGGCCGUGCAGCACACCAGCAAAGAAGCAGAUGUGGAUGGCAGCCUCCCUUGGAUUCCCACUGUGCCCCCCAGCGAAGUGACAGUGACGGACAUCACGGCAAACUCCAUUACCGUCACUUUCAGAGAAGCACAAGUGGCUGAGGGCUUCUUCCGAGACCGGAGUGCGCAGUUCUGAAUCUCCGUUUUCAGUGCUCCCCAAAACCAGUGCUUUUACGGUGGGGCUAGGGAAGGGUUAUUUUAUCCCUUGAGAAAAAAAAAAAAAUCCAAAAUGUCUCCUCUUAAAAUGUUUACAGAGACCACCUUUUUUUUUUUUUCCUCCUUUUUCCCCUUUCAGAUACGCAAAAAAGGGCAGUGUAGGGGGUGUGUGUUUGUUGUUGCUUUGUCCAUCUGAAAAACUGACAGCCCUUUCCCUGGCAAAGACUCCCCUCCUAGAUGUGAAAGCAGCAAGCUGAACAAUUCGCCUUUUAUCCUGUUAAGUGGCGGCAGCUGCAUUUGUGGGGAGAGGGCAUGUGGAGGUGGAAAAAGAGCUGGAUCUCUAGCCUGCCGCCUUGUUCUGCAGUUGAUAUCCCUUGGAUAAAGAUACUUCCCUGUGCAUUGCUCUUCCCACCUUCCUCCUCCCUCUCUUCCUGCAGCAGUGAGAGGUGAUGGAUCCUACCUGUGUAGAUAACUCCAGGCUGUUAAGACUUUCUCUCCAGUGCUGUUUUCCCUGUGGCCUGCUGUCAGGACUUCAGAACCGUAUUUGCCUGUCUGUGGUAAGUCAGUCUUUGCAGCACGGGUCCAUAUAGACAGCAGAGGUUUCUCCCUUUGAUUGUUGAUCAUGCGGAAGGACUGAAAUGCAUCUCUGAAAUCUAGAUUGGCGACGUAAAUUCAAUUUGCCCUCAUUAAAAGCUCAGAAACCCAGCGCAGUCGAAACAUACCAUUCUGUAUAUGCUAAACAGCAUUUCCAGGCUUGGCUCUGCUGUGUGAGAAAUGCGUUAUGGAAAGUGGGGUGUUCUUAUCCUUUGCCAAAUUCAGUGUUAAUAACAAAUGCUGCCCUGCAUCUGUGGUGGUAAGUUGGUUGAAAACUGAGUCCUCUGCCCUGGGAGGAGGGGCUAAUAGGACAACUGAAGCAUUGCCUGGCACUGCAAAGAUAUCCAAGAUACUGGCACAGGCCCAGGACACAGGAAUUGGACAGAACUGAGCUAGAACUGGACCUUGAUUAGCAGCAAAUUCUGUUCCUGGAUCCCUUUGAGAGAUCCAAGGUAAACAACAUGUGGGGAAGGCAUGUAUUAGAUUUGAGGAGGGGGAAAAAUGUUCUUAAUUCUUAGCAAUGAGAAUUCUUGGAUUGUACUGCCUGAGUAAUAUUCUUCUGUGACUCCAGUCUCCUCACAGUAUCUGUGAUCCUGUACUAGUUUACUGAUGGGAACUUCCCCUUGGAAGGCUUAAAAAUCUUUGCCAAGGAAAGCGGUCUGCAUUUCAAUAGACCCUGCCUAAUCUUGCACUUAAAAAUGCCUUGUGCUGGACUGCCUGUGACACUUUGAGAUUUUUGAAGAAUUGCUGUAUUUUGAGUUGGUAGUUUAGCAUAGCAUCUGUUCUUGCACAUGCAUGUUCUCUUCUUUUUUUUUUUUUUUUAAAGCAAAUUUUAUUUAAAUAACCUAAAUUUUUAAAUACAGACCUUUUCCUAUGGAAAGCAAGAAAAGUGAGCUAGAGUCUAAGGUGGGAACUGCAGGACAGAGUGCUGCAGGGUAAGAUUGGCUACUGUCAUGAUUACUGUCCUUAAAUCUUUUGUUUCCUCUCCCCACCCCACCUGAAGCAUCUCUUAUCUGCUGUAUUUAUUCUAAACAAAGCUAGAGCCUUCUGAGCUCUGAGCUAAAGACACCUGUGGAAAUCCUCAGUGUGUUCCUUUGAAUGCCUUGGCUGCUGGCCUGCAAAAUUUGGGAGCUCUGGGGCUUCUGGUCCUCCAAACAUCUACUUUUUGCAAAGUUCUUGGACUGCCCCUAUGGUUUUUAUUAGAAGCAGAUUUUACCUCAGAUAGGAUAUGGCAGCUCAGUGUAGACCUGGGAUUUCCCCUUCCAUCUUGGAGCUGUUUCAGCAGGCCUGUGUCACAGCAGUUUCAGAACCACUGGGAAGAUCUUGAAUUUCUAGACUAACCUUUUGUCUCUCAAAGAAGUGACAUGGGAGUUGUAUUAUGGAGAAAUCUGAGAGGGUGAGAAGUGGAAGCUGGAGGGGGAGUUAUGUGGUGGGAGGAAGAGUGAGUGGGAAAGAAGCUUGCAAUAGCUAGCAAGGGCAAACUGAUGAGGUAAGCAUACAGGUUCAGGAUGUUUGUUGAAUGUGGGUGUCCAGAGCAAGGCUUCUGUAUCUGGAGUUGCACCCUCUUUUGCAGGAUGUGGGGUCAGAUAGUGUUGUCAUCGUCACCACCCCGUACCCCCUUCCUGCCCCAGCCCCUCUUCCUAACACCUGCCAAAUGUGCUGAAUACCUGCAUAUCUCUCUCUCCUCUUUUUUUUUUUUUUUUUUUUUUUUUUGUGUGUGACCUGUGGACACACCACAUGGCUGAGUCCACUCUUGAGGAUUGUAGCAGGUCAGGUAGUUAUGGUUGCAGAAGCAUAAUAUUUUACCUUAUUUUUUAAAAAGUCUUGAACUCCAGCUCACCCUUCUAAAUCUUCAUGGCAUUUGUAGGAUCUGGUUUCUUUAUUCUAAUGCAGCUACUGCUGCUUUUGUCCUGUCUUCAUCUAAGUAUACAAAUACACCAAAAAAAAGCUUCCUAUUUACUAAGGUUCCUGGCUUUGGCUGACAUCGGAAGCUGUACCAGUCCUGCGGCAGGAAAGAGCUUGUCCUAAUAAACUGGAUUUCCAUCGUCUGCUUUUCUCUCCACUCACCAGCUGAGACUUCUCAUGUUUUGUUUUGGCAUUUAUCUUUAAACUUCUUUUCUUCCUCUUGCAUUGGAGUUUUCAAAGACCUGUGGUGGUCUUUCAAAGAGGAUCCACCCACAGUUUCAUAUCUUAGUCAUUUUUUGGAUCAGUCUAGCUUGUGUUCUGCUGGUGACUAAUCAUCUUGCUACACGAAGUGUUGAACAAAGUACCUGGCUACCAUGCUGCUUUGUGUACAGGUCAAGGAGCAGCUUACCCUUAUUGGGUUAAGAUGCAACAAGUUGCAUGUGCGUGGGUUUGGUUUGUGUGUGUGAGGAGGAGUUUGUGGUAGGAAACUAAGCAGUUACUGUGUUGGGGUGGACUUUUUUUUUUUUUUGACAUUCAUGAAUUCUUGCUUAUCUUAGAUCUUUUUGAGAAGACUUUUCUCUUGAUCUUUACAAAAUGUAUCUCUGUUCCAUAUUGUCUGGUGACAUAUCGUUGUAAACUUCCUUGGUAGAGCUGGUCUUCAGGGACUUUGAAAUUAGCUUUAUUCCACUUCUGCAGGUGUAGAGAUGUAUAGGGGUUUUUACUUUUGAUGGCAAGAGAAGUUGUCUGGGUUUACUUGUCUCUUCUCCCCAAUACCGUCCAUCUGCCAGUUCACCUCAAAAUCUGAAAAUUGAAUUGGAACCUCUUGGGCUAACAUACCAUGAAAAUCAGAUGCUGUGCUCAGAGCUUCGUUAAGUAUUCCAUUUGAUUAGACCAGCCAGAAUAGCAUCCAGCUGAAGCUGAGUUUAAUAAUUCUAUUUGAAGCACAAGCCGAGAAUAGAAAUGGCUAACUCUCCCAUACCUCUUUUGGCUCCAUGGCUGUAAACAAGAAAAACAAACUUCAGACAGUGGAAAUUACUGAACUGUACAGAAGAAACAAAAUUCUCAGACAACUGUUCUAAUAGUCAUUCUUAGAACUGUUUCCAUGUUUGAGGGAGAGAAGUUUUUAUUUCAUAGAUCUUCUCACAGUGAACUCACUGUAUGUAUGACAGAACUGAGGGGCUUCAUGAGAUUGGAAAAUCUUUAUUGUUAUCACUCUGCUUAAAAGAAAAAAAUAAAUGGAAAGGACUGCCUCUGUUCCUGGAUGGUUAUAAACUAGAUGUUAUUGCUCUGACAUAUAGGUGAUGCCUUGGAACAGCAAGUUUUAACUCAUAAAUAGUGGCAUUAAGUAGCCUCGUAGCUCCUGCAUGCUCCUUAUUGUCUUGCAUUUGCUUGGGGGCCCUUCUGCUUGUGAAGUCAGACCAAGGUGUUUUCUUUUGGUUUGUUGGGUUUUUUUUUCUUUUUCAAGCAAGGCCAGGAUAUUAUUGUGAGAACACCCAAAAGCAGUUCCGUUUGCCAAAAAAACCCCGGUUUGUUAGUGAAUUGACCCUUGCUUAUGUCGGAACCUCAGACAGAAAGAAGCUUAGUGAGAAAUGAAUGGCUUUUUUUUUAAGUGUUGUGAAACUGUCCGGAAUUGUUCUUCUGGUGUUUUGUGACUGAAUGUAUAAAAUUGUUUGUUCACCUCACAGGGGGCCCUUGGCCCCAGUACUGUUUCCUGCUGUGCACCAGCUAGUGCUGUUUGAUGGUUUCACUGGAACAGAGGAGGGAGGCCUCGCACAGGUCAAAAAACAGGCAGGGUAGCAAGACCCUUGGUGGUAGCCCCAACAGAGACUGGGGUGCGGAAGACAGCAGUGAGGGCUGUCAGCCGCAUCCAUGUAUUUGAGCAAAGCUAAAUCUACCACCACCUCUCCACCCCUUCCUUUCCUUUCAAGCUUUAAGUUUGUGCUUUCUGAAGUAGGGAAGGUGCAAAAACCUCCUUUUCUAAAGCUAAUUGGUAUCUACCCAUCUUUUAUUCCUCCCUUGCUUACCUGCAGCCUAGGAAGAAGCGGGCAGUGGGCCUUUCUAGGAAAAUAGUAGGGGCAGCUGCUUGUCAUGGAAGGGAGGGAAGGAGUUGCGUCAGAGUUGCUCUUGCUAGUUGGUUGGGGUCAGGCCUUUGGGUGAGCUGCCAGUUGGGAGAGAAGGCACAUUAGAAGUGCAAAGAACUUGUAGUGAAGCUGAUCCCUUGCAUCAGUGGGCAGAUUCCCCUUGGAGUUCUGAGUGUGCCCUGUGGAGAGGAGAUGGUCAGUGCUGCAUUUAUGUAUCUGUCUUUUACCAUUUGGGAAAGCAAGGGAGAUGUGUACAUUAACAGCUUGCAUGGGGUAACUUCUACAUGGGAAUGUAUAGCCAUGGCACAUACAGGUAAAGGGAAUAUGUUGCUUUUGCCAUGCUUGUUAUAAAACAGUUUUCCCCAAGGGCAUGGUAAACUUGUUUUGAGACAAUAGCGUGUGCUCAAGAGACCAUGUUGCCCUCUGCCUGCUGAACUUACUGUCCUUGCAGAGAAAGCAUGAACCUUCUGGGUGUCGAACCACCUGAAUUCCACCCAAGUAGCUGGUCAAGAUGGGAAGGCCUACAAAAUAGCCCCAGGACAAUUGGAAGGAGAGAGAAGCAAUCACUUAAAAUGGAAUUCAGACCCUUGAAAUACUUUUCUGUAACAAGCAGUCCUGGAGUGAUGACCCCUUUUUCUUUUCCACCUCUCUUUCGCUUGCACCCUUAAUUUCUUAAAGCACAGUGGCUUAGCUGGGAGCAGGUCGGAGAUGAUCCCUAGUUAACUGGGAGUUGUAGAGAGGAGCAGAGCUCAGUGGGAGCGCAUAAUGGCUGAUAGCGGGGAGAUGGAUUGCUAUCAAGUUGGGAUGGCGUAGAAGCUUUGCUGCUGAGAUUGUUUCUGUCUGCUGUGGGUGGCUCUGCAAAGAUGCUAGGGGUUCUUGUCCAAGAGUGCCAGUUGGACGUUGAAAGGGGAAGCUCAUCAGACAGUUCGGAACCUCUAUCACAGCUUAUCUCGUUACUGGGGUAGCACAGUUUUGACUGGGAGGGAGAUUUUGGAGGAGGUGGUGGAAAGCCUUUUUUUUUAUUAUUAUUAUUAUUAUUUUUUAACCAGAAAAUGUAGUGUCAGCACAAAGAAGCUUUUUGCAAAUCUGUCAAAAUGUUAAGCAGCUUUUUUUUUUUUGCUUUUAAAUCUGAAGCAGGUUUUGAAGCACUUUGGAAAUGCAAAGUACUAGGAGUGCUAAGUACUCCUUAUCGUCUGUCUAAAAGUGGCAUUUGAAAAGCAAAAGAUCUAUCUGUUUCAGGCCGCUGGCUGCUCCUUAUCAUUUUUCCAGAGCUGCCACCCAGCCCUUUGCCUCCCUCCCAUGGCUGAAGGGGGAGUGUGCUCCACCGUGCCAAGGAAAGGAGGGCUCCCUACGGGAGGAGAGGAGACCUGUGAAGUCCCUCGCUUGCCUUCAGGGUGCGGGUUGGUUUCCUCCCUCCCCACCUCCUUUGUCUGAGGAACGGGAAAAAUGAAGUUGAGUUUCAGUUUGAGUGGUCCUAGUCUGGAACAACGACCACUUCUUCCAGCUCUGGAGACAUCUUGCAGUUUCCUGUCUGAAAAAUUGCACCUUAUUAGCUUAGUGGAGGAACAGGGAGACAUCGGUCCUUCUGCAGGGAGUGGGGAGAGGAAGGGAGGGUGAACCAGGAGCUGUCUUCAGUAGCUGCUGGAUUUUUCCAGAGGCCAUUUCCUCACCUCAUCUCCAACAGAACGGCAACAAAAGAACUAAAAUCAUUUAGAUGAAGCUUUUGUUCUGCGUAUCUCAACAACCUUUUGAGCAGGCUAAGAUGAGAGAAUCUUUUUUCCUCACCUAGCCAGCUCUACAGCUGGGGGAACCCCAGCUCUCUCGCUGGGUUUUCAGCACCAACCUUUUCCCUCAGCGUACGCACAUGGUUUGGACUCUUUUGCACACUGACUCAUCGAAUUUGGUAUGCUUCCUUUCUGUUGGGGGGGUGAAGAUGGGGGAUGGGGUCAGUUAGGGGGGAGGGUCCCUGAUCAUUUUUGUUCUUGUCUCUUCAGUUGUUGCUGUUGUUCCUGUCAGCACGCUAGAGUAUCUGAGUCUUUGCACACAGAAAGCUUCCUUUUGCACAGAAUGAGCUUCUAGCUUUUGUACAGACUAAUUGAAUGUAUUUGGGGGGGGGGGGGAAUAGGGAGUAAACCAAUUCCAAACAAACCAAUCGGAGUAUAAUGCCUUUUCUGAGCGAGUAUGUGCUGUAAAAGGAGAUUGUAAUAGCAAUGGGAGGGCAGGCUCAAGUAUAAUUUGACACAAAGUGUGGUUUUAUUUUUGUACUGAUAUGGAUGAGAGACUGUACAGCAUCUAUUUAUUUAGAUGAUUUAUGUGGUAAAUGUUGCAGACAAAAUUAUUAAAAUAUUAAAUAUGAGAACUGACAUUUA